UUCAUUAUUAGCUGUAAUCGCAGAUGUGAUGAAUGCACCGAUGGAGGCACUACAGUUCGUACAGAGAAUUCACCGAAGAAGAAGACGAACACGGAAGCGUCUCAGUGUUUCUAAUCUGCACUACUGGUCAUACCUGUCUGGAGAAUGGUUCAUAUCUUAUGAACUUUCUCGGCUGCGCUAACUGUCACCAGCGGGACUUUGUGCUGAUCAGCGACAGGACGAUGGUAAAUGAAGAUGAGGAGGAGAUUAUCACUUACCUGCAUAUGUGCAAGAACUGUGAUCAUGUCAUAGCCAGACACGAGUACACCUUCACUGUGGUGGAUGACUAUCAGGAAUACACAAUGUUGUGCAUGUUGUGUGGAAAAGCAGAGGAUUCCAUCAGUGUGCUGCCAGACGAUCCCAGACAAACAGCACCUCUGUUCUAGAGUAUUUGCUCAGACACAGAGACAGGGAAUUGACUUCUUUGUAAAGAGCAUGGUUAUGCAUGAUGGAGGGAGCCAUAACACAUGCAAGAUUUUAUAUACGCUUAGCACUGGAGAACACGUUUAAUCCAGAAGAAUAUACCGCAGAAUUCAUUGUGCUCUUUGUUUCUACUGCUUCAGGGAAGGCUCUAAGGUUCACAGCACAGCUCUGACUCAUAAAGAUACAUGAAUUUGAGUCAUUCACAAAUAUUAAACCUAAUUAGGAAUCGCUUGUGUUUAUCUGAUGAUCAUCCUAUGUUUGAUUCACUCAAAGUGUAUGGAACCCCGUUUCUGCCAAAUAGAAAAAUAAAAAAAAGAUAAUUACAAAUUUUUAUCUCACAAUUCACUUUUUUCUUGCAAUUUUGAGAGAAAAAAAGUCAGAAUUGUGAGAUGUAAACCCUAAUUUCAAGAAAGUUUUCUGUUUCUGCUACGUUAUAAAAGAUAGAAAAGGUAAUUCUGACUUUUUAUGUCACAAUUCA